CUUCGCUGGACGAAACACUUCUGCUCAUACACGCCCUGCACAGUCUCUGUGCAGCUGGGUUCUGUUGAUCACAAUGAAGGUGUUGGCCCUCUUCAUCGCCCUUUUCGUCGUCGGGGCUUCAGCUCAAUUCGACCCGAAUUUCAAGGAUGGUCGGAACGUGAUCGUUCAUCUUUUCGAAUGGUCGUGGAACGACAUCGCUGAGGAAUGCGAAAGAUUUUUGGGACCUUACGGAUUCGGAGGGGUGCAGAUCUCACCCCCUAAUGAACACAUCGAUGGUAGUCCUUGGUGGACCCGGUACCAACCUGUCACGUAUUACCUGAACAGCAGGAGUGGUUCCGAUUCCGAAUUCCGAUCCAUGGUCAGUCGCUGUAAUGCUGUCAACGUCAACAUCUACGCCGAUGUCGUCAUCAACCAUAUGGCUGCUUGGAAUUAUGAUUUCCCCGGUGUGCCCUUCGGUAGGAACGAUUUCAACGUUCCCAUGGGGCGCUGUUCCAGUUCCAAUGGCGCGAUCAAUAAUUAUGGAAAUGUUGACGAGGUGAGAAACUGCAACUUGGUAGGACUCAACGAUCUACAGACUGGCUCAGAAUACGUACGAGGAAAGAUUGUUGAUUUCCUGAACAGCAUGAUCAGUGCUGGGGUUGCCGGGUUCCGCGUGGAUGCAGCCAAGCACAUGUGGCCUGGGGAUCUAGCCAAUAUUGUUGGUCGACUCAAUGGGAAUCCGUACAUCUUCCAAGAAGUGAUCGACCAAGGUGGCGAGCCUAUAACGGCUGGUGAAUACACCGGGAUCGGUGACGUCACUGAAUUUAAGUACUGUGCCCACAUCUCCAACCUCGGCCGCUGCGAAAACAGCCUUGCCUACUACAGCAACUUCGGACAGGACUGGGGCUUGAUGCACUCCGACUCGGCUCUUGUGUUUGUCGACAACCACGAUAACCAACGCAGCCACGGAGGCGGUGGAGACAUCGUCACGUAUAAGGAAUCUGCGUCUUACAAGCGAUCUGUGGCGUUCAUGCUGGCCUGGAACUACGGCACCAAGAGGAUCAUGAGCAGUUACAGCUUCAGCGAUACCGAUGAGGGUCCACCUGGAAGUGGUCCUACCAUCAAUGGUCAGGGCACCUGCGAUGGCGGAUGGGUGUGCGAACAUCGCUGGCGUCAAAUCCGCAACAUGGUGGGCUUUAGCAAGCAGGCAGGAUGGGCAGCUGUCGAGAAUUGGUGGUCCAAUGGCAACAACCAGAUCUCCUUCUCCAGAGGGAACAAGGCCUUCUUCGCCAUGACAUGCGAAGGCACCCUGACAAGGGACUUCACCACCGGACUGCCAGAUGGAAACUAUUGUGACGUCAUCAGCGGAGAUCCGACGGACAGUGGCUGCACCGGAAUGACCGUUACGGUGAGUGGCGGAAAGGCCUACAUCACUGUACCUUCUGGAGAAGACUCAAUGGUAGCUAUUCAUGUUGGCGCCAUGGCAGGUGGUGGUGGUAACGGUGGUGGUGGUAGUGACCCCAUCUCUCCUCCAGGUGAAGACCCAACCUCUCCCCCAGGUUCUUCCCGUACCGUCAUCUUCAUCAGAAAAAUGACCACCUCAGGUCAAGAUAUGUUCGUCCAAGGUGGAAUAGGCCACGAAAGACGCCAAGGCUGCACCAGCAAUGCCGAUACCAGCGCCUGCGCCAUCUCUAUCACCCACAGAACCGGCGGAUCUGAUGAGACCCUCAGUUACCGAAGACAAGGCGACGACUAUCUCGACUGGUAUGGUUCCGAGAACGACCAGACUUGGGAGUCCCCAGGAACUCCGUUGGUCUGGACCACCAAUAACGCUGGCAACGGAGCUACCGUAGAUCGACAAGGAUAUGGCUACUUCUCCCUCAACACGUGGGGAGACCACUACUGGAUGCUCGAUGUCGACAUGGACUGCAGUGAGACGGAGAAUGGAUGGUUUGAGCUCAAGGGUUACGUCGAAGGAGGCCAGGGAUGGGAGAACGACAGUUCCCAGAGAACUUGCAGUGGAACGGCAGGAGGCACAAAGCCCUAUAGCUCGGGUAACCACUUCGCUCGCUGUGGCUACAUCAACAAGUUUGAUUUCGAAAGCAACAGUUGCGAAAUCAACUACUUUUGAGUAGAUGGGACAAACAAAGGUCACACUCGAUCAUCAGAGUAAUUUCCGUCAACAAAUUAUAACAUUA